AUGUGCGUCCAUCGGGGGUUCGCCGCCUUCCUCGCGCUCCCCCUCGUCCUGGCCCUUGUGUUCGUCGCGCAAAAGAACCACUUUGAUGCGGACCAGUGCAAAGCGCGCGAGAGCGGAUGUGGAUUUGUCGGGAACGAGGACGCUUAUGGGCUGGGGAUCCGGCUGGGCGUCUACCUCCAGUGGUUCAGUGUUUUCUUGGUGGUCUACCUUUUGCCCUCAGAGGAGCGCUCUCUCAUGACGGCCCUGAUCACGUUCAGCUCCGCGCUGAUGAUGGCCAUCCUCGUCUUGACGUUUGGCCGUACGUGCACAUACACUGUAGAGAUUAUUGUCCUGCUGUGGACGGCCUUCAUGACCCAGGCCCUCGCGUCCAUCACGCAUACCGCGCAGGAGAUUGACGAUGCCGGUAUCAGGGAGGUGCCCGUUGUGUCAGGUCUGAAGCGAGCGACCACCUUUCAACUCAAUCUUGACAAUCCGCAAGGCAUGCACGGCUUCCAGUCAGGGUCCACGCUGGUCGAAAUGUGCAUGCUUGGCUACGCUGCUUGGUUCUGGGUGUGCCUGCUCAGAGGUUUCGAGACGGUCUUCGCCGCGACUCCGUGCGGGACAUCGCUCUUCUUCCUCGUCCGGAUCCAAGACCGCACAGGUAUCGUGGUCAUCAGCGCGCUAAUGACGGCGGUUUCGCUUGCGACUCUCCUGUUCCGCCUGGUUACUUGGAUAUUCCGAACGUCGACAAAACAGUGGUUCUCGGAAAAGACGUACGACAUGAUCGGCGCGGUCUUCGCUAGCAUCGUCUUCCUGCCAAUCAUCCUCAUCGCCCUGGUCACUUAUCUCAUACCUGACACCUGGAUGCCCAAGAUCUUCCGUGGCACGAGUGGAAAAGAGCAGCUCAUGGCCUUUCUCUGUGCCUUUGUCGCCUUUGUUGUGUCUGUCGCCGGCAUCGAGUUGCUGUUGAUCUGGAACGGCGUCUCUGAUGUGUACGGGGUUAGCUCAACGGGGCAGCUGAUCCCGCUGACCAUGGGCUUGGUCAGUCUGAUGCCGCUACUGUGGAAGCUAUUGAGGCGAUACAUGGCUGGAGAGCCUUUGAUGCCGGACCCAGCGAGCAAUGGCAGCGACUUGAUGGGACAAGGCGGUACGAUGGAUCAGCGAGGAUCUCACGUGGAGAUGGGUACUCGGGAGAAUGAUCAAGAGGCGUUGCAGCUGUAA